UCUCUCUCUCUCUCUCUCUCCUCUCUCUCUCUCUCUCUCUCUCUCUCUCUCUCUCUCUCUCUCUCUCUCUCUCUCUCUCUCUCUCUCUCUCUCUCUCUCUCUCUCUCUCUCUCUCUCUCUCAACUUGAUUUUAAUUUAUCCCAGGUAGUCGAAUUAGGAUCUAAGCUAAGUGGGAAUCAUGGUGAGAAUCGAGAAUGUAGAAUCGUUCUACGCAAAGCUUCGCGAAUCGGCGACUUCCACGUCAUCCCAGAAUCCUCUCCUCAUAUUCCCUUCAUCCUCCGACGUCGAUUCCAUCUGCGCCCUCAAGGUCAUAACACACAUCCUCGAAUCCGAUUCCAUCCACUAUUCCUGUUUCCCCGUCUCCUCUUUUCUCGAGAUCCACAACUACGCUCCUCCCGCGCUCUCCUCCCACAGUCCUCUCACCAUUCUGUUGAUUAAUUGGGGCUGUCACCGCGAUUUGAAGCUGGUGCUGAAGCUAGGCCCCGCCGCUCGUGUCUUUGUGGUCGAUAGUCACAGACCUAUUCAUCUCCACAAUCUCAGCGAUCAGAAUCACCAGGUUCUUGUUCUCCACACCGAUGAUGACGAGAGGCAAGCGGAUCUCGCUUACGAUUUCGAUGUCUUGAAAUUGGCCAACGAGAGCUUUCACAUGCAUCAAGAAAGCGAUGGCGAAGAUGAAGAUGAAGACGAGAGUGAUGAUGGUGAUAGACCGAGUAAGAGAAGGAAAAUGAAUGAUGAUAAGCUUAUGAAGAAGCUAAAGAGAGACUAUUACAAGAUGGGGACUUUCCACGGGAAGCCAUCAGGUUGCUUGUUGUUCGAGCUCUCUCACUUAUUAAGGAAGAACACCAACGAGUUGCUCUGGCUCGCUUGCGUUUCCUUAACCGAUCAGUUCGUUCACGAGAAGUUAACCGACGAGAGAUACCGAGCUUGCGUUAUGGAGCUCGAGCAGCACAUCAACAGCUCCGGGAACAUCGACAAGAUCGCUUCCGUUACUCUCAAAGACGGAACCAAGGUCCGAGCUCCCGACUGUUCAAGAAUCUCCUACGAGGAAGAGCCUAGGCUUAUGCUUCUCAGAGAGUGGAAUCUCUUCGACUCCAUGCUCUGCUCCUCUUACAUCGCUACUAAACUCAAGACUUGGAGCGAUAACGGGAUCAAGAAACUCAAGCUUCUUUUGGCUCGUAUGGGGUUUGCGCUCGUCGAGUGCCAGCAGAAGUUUCCUUACAUGAAGGACGAGGUGAAGAGGAAGAUGAGGCAGGAGUUUGAUCGCUUUUUGCCUGAGUAUGGGCUUAAUGAUUUCUACUACAGGAGUUUCUUGCGUCUUCAUGGUUACAGCUCCAGGGUCUCUGCUGCUGAUGUUGUUUAUGGUAUCACAGCGCUUCUUGAAUCGUUUAUCGAGUCAGGUGGCUCCUCUGCUUCUAAACAGUUUGGAGAAGCUUAUGAUGCUUUGUCAUUGAACAAUCUUGAUAAACUUCGUUCUGGUAUGCAACAAGCGAUCAAGGUUCAAAGAGCGAUACUCAGGCAAGGAAGUGCAGCGAUCACCAAAACAGGAUGCAUUCGAAGCGGAAGGAAGUUCAGAUGGGUGAAGGUUGAGGAUUCCAUUGAUGCUAAGUACUUGGGAUACCCUCAGGCUUUGACCAAGUUCUGUUACUUUCUGAUGGAUGCUUUGAGAGAGAAAGGAGCUAGGAUGAAGCCGAUGCUAUGUGCCUCCGCAUCUCAGCAAUUAGGGAAGAUACUUGUGGUUGGAGUUUGUGGGAAGCCGAGGCUCGGUGCAGUAAGAGGGAAUGCGUUUGGUAAUGCUUUCAGAAAAGCAGCUCAAGAGAGUAGAGCUGAUUACUUUCACGAGCUAUUCGAGUCCUCGUGGAUCGUCUUGGAUGUUUCUGCUGUUAACUCUUUCAUGAUUAGAUUAACUGAGAAGCUUUGACAUACAACUCUCAAGGUAUCUCUUUUUUGUUAUUCGACUCGUCAUUGUGUUUUUUUUUUAAUUUUCUAGUUUUUCAGUUCUUUAUAUCUCACAUUGUUUGGAAUUUUUACAAGCCUUUGUAAUAGGCAAGAAGAAUCUGUUAUCAAUCAUGUAACUUGUUUAAUCAAAUAACAAUAGAGCAUCGUGGAUCCUUUGACUCGUGUAAUGUUAACAGAAAUAAAGUUUCUAACAGCUCUUAUGUCAAA